UAUCCAUUUAACAACUUCAACUUCUUUCUUUUUCUUCUUUGUUUUAUAUAAAAAAAUAAUAAAUACAAUUUGUCUUAUGGAGCUUACUAAUAAUUACUCAAAAAAUGUGUUUCUUCUAGUGUUGCUAAUUGUAUUUCCAUUUUCAAGUGAUGCUAAGACCAACUCACCGUGUCAUUUUCCGGCGGUUUUCAACUUCGGCGACUCAAACUCCGACACCGGUGGAUUGUCGGCGGCAUUUGGUCAGGCUGGUCCACCCGCCGGAGAGACAUAUUUUGGUGCCCCUGCCGGACGGUACUGUGACGGUCGUCUUGUUGUUGAUUUCAUUGCUGAAAAUUUAGGAUUACCAUACCUAAGUGCAUUCUUAGAUGCAUUGGGUUCAAAUUUCAGUCAUGGAGCCAAUUUUGCCACAGCUGGUUCAACAAUCAGACCACAAAACACAACUCUUCAUCAAAGUGGUUUUAGCCCCAUUUCAUUAAACGUUCAGAGUUACGAAUUCAACGAUUUCCUUCAUAGAUCUCAGAUUAUUCGUAACAAAGGGGAUGUGUUUUGUAAGUUGAUGCCUAAGGAGAAACAUUUUUCUGAGGGGUUAUACACAUUUGACAUUGGACAAAAUGAUUUAACUGCUGGUUACUUCAGUAACAUGUCCACUGAUCAAGUUAGAGCUUAUGUUCCUGAUGUGAUCGAUCAAUUCAAAACCGUUAUUCAGGGUAUAUAUAGUCGCGGUGGUAGAUAUUUUUGGAUACAUAACACAGGUCCAGUUGGUUGUCUACCAUACGUAUUGGAUCGUCUGUUAAUAACAGCAGGGCAAGUUGAUAAAGCAGGUUGUGCUGCUCCUUUCAAUGAAGUGGCUCAAUAUUUCAAUGCUAAGUUGAAAGAAGCAGUGAUUGAGCUAAGAAAAGAUCUUCCAUUAGCUGCUCUUACCUAUGUUGAUGUCUAUUCAGUCAAGUAUGAACUCAUCUAUCACGCUAACAAGCACGGAUUUGAGCAUCCAUUACAAGCUUGUUGUGGGCAUGGAGGAAAGUACAACUACAACAUAAAUCAUGGAUGUGGAAGCAAGAUAAAGGUGAAAGGAAAAGAAAUAAUAUUGGGAAAAUCAUGCAAAAGUCCAUCAAAAAGAAUAAAUUGGGAUGGUGUACAUUUCACAGAGGCUGCUAAUAAAUGGGUGUUUCAACAAAUUGUGAAUGGUUUAUAUUCAGAUCCACCACUUCCCUUGAAUAUGGCAUGUCAUCAAAAAUAAGAUUAGUUAUUCAAUUAAGAUUGUACUAAUUAGUUAACCACUUUUUUAGCUUUAUGGAUCAAAUGGAUAUUGAGAUAUUUUGUUGGUGUAUUAUUAGAUUAGAUCUAGUAACUAAAUAAUAUUUCAAUUUCAAGUAAGAAUCUUAGCUUUGAUUCUAAUAAACCGAUUUCGAAUUUAUGCAAA